AUGAUCAGCAUUCUCUUUUGGGCAAUGAUGUUUUACUUUUUCCGCGAUUAUGGCUUUAUUGACAUCCACUGCUAUCUCAAUGCUCUUAUUAUUAGUUUAGAAACGAUUACAACUGUUGGCUACACGGUUUCAGAUAUUUCUUUCAAUGAUAACCCUGUUGCUUUUGUCCUAUUGUUCUGUGAAAUGAUGCAAUCUGUUUUCAUGAAUUCUUUUUGCAUUGGCGUUAUUUAUGCCCGUGUUAGUCGCGCUUUGACGAGAGCUCGCUCGAUUAUUUUCAGUAAACGCGCCGUAAUCCGCGAGAUCAACGGCGAAUGGUACUUCAUGUUUCAGAUUUGCGAACGACGCAAGCAUCAACUCAUUGAGAGUCACGUCACCUGUUACUCUGUUCAGAAGACUGUCAACGCCGAGUCUGGAGUUCCUUUCCAGAUUCGGCGAAUGAAACUCGAUCAUCCGAACGACUCUUAUGGAGGCUAUCUGCUCCUCAUUCUCCCUGCUGUUGUGAUCCACCACAUCGAUGCGGAUUCUCCUCUCUAUCCCUUGCUCCCGAAUCGGUCGGAUGACUCCAAAUCCCAGCUCUCCGAAGCGUCAAUCCGCGAGUAUUUAGUAGCAAACGACAUCGAGAUCGUGGUGAUGAUCGAAGGAACGGAGUCUAUAACGAGCCGGUCUCUUCAAGCCCGCUACAGCUACAUGUGGACCGACGUUUCGUACAACAUGACAAGAGAGAGGCCGUGA